AUGCCCUAUUUGGCACAUGUAAAGCAACUGUCGCUUGCGUGGAAGCCACUAAGAUAUCUGGCCGACUGGAUGGAAGUCAGUACAGCUCCUAUACGAUGGACCAACCUUCUAUCAAAGCCACAUGAGCGGGCAGAACGCGCAUCAAGAACCAAGAUCACGAUGAUGGAUUUCGAUGGCACAGGAAAGACGAAGGAAGUUUUUCUGAGCAGUACUGUUGCAUUGAAGGAGGCACUUGACGACCGUCCCAGUCCGGAUUGUCCCGCUGAACCGCCCACCUUUCGCAUAUUGAUGGUCGAAGACCUUUCACGGGACGUCAUUGAGAUUCUCGGAUCCAGAUAUGAUGUGGACCCGCUGUUCUUUCGUGAGCAGAUUGCCGAGUACAACUGGUAUAACACGCGCGACGCCUGGGCAAUGGCGCCAAAUCUCAUGGUUGGUAUCAAGCAUCGUCAAUGGGAGACCUACGAGAAAGCUCGAGAUGAAUCUAACAGCUUUAACGUGGCUCGUAGACCGGACGACGACGAGACCCACUGGAGCUACCUGGACAAACCUGGGUCCUUGGUCGUCAUGACCAGAACAAGGACUUCGAUCUGGAUAGGCAAAGAUCCACAGAAUGAGCACCAGAGCGUUGGGAUCGUGCUCGUCGACCCCACGGUCAGCGAGGGAUUCCCGCUCUGGGGUGGCCCAGCAAACUUCACCCUUCCACCCAGCAUGCACGAUGCAAAUCCCCCGAAGCGUCAAACUCCGACGGCUCUGUACGACCUCAUUUUACAGGCCACUCUGUCGUACCCUUGGUGGUUCUCCUCUCUCUCCGAAGCGCAUUGCAUCGGAAAACCGAUAUUUGCAUUGCCCGCUCUGAACAUCAUUUGUGCGGACUGGCUCGUGACCUGUGAGUACAUGAAGGCCCGGCUCGCGCAAAUUGACUGGGAGCUCGAAAAACCACACAUCUUCCGAUCCCGGGGGGACGUUGUCGAUAAUGCCCUGAGGAGGUUGUACAUUUGGCGUCGCGUGCUUGCGGUGCUUCGUGACAUGAUCAAGGAUACUAUAGACCAAGCCAUACCCUCUGCCGAACGACUAACGGCGACCUCUAAGGGCGGAAGCAUCUCGGUCAACGACAUUCUUCCAGACUACGAGCGCGUACAUGCUCUACUGAAUGAGCUCCAGGAAAGAGUCGAUCGUCUCACGACCGUCGUCGCGUCGGAGAUAUCUACAGAAGACUCACGACGUGGUUUACAGGAGAACCAUAACCUCGCUAGACUCACAUGGCUGGCAACAACAUUCAUUCCAUUGUCAUUUGUUAGCGGAUUCUUCAGCAUGACAGACAGCCUUUCCGGAAUGAAGGAAACCUUCGGCUGGUAUUUCUGUGUCGCUGUACCCUUGACCAUCUUCGUCAUGGUGGUUGCUGGAGGUGUCGGGAGAGGCUGGUUCUCGAAAAAGAAGAAGCAGAAGAGUUUGGAAGCUGCUGCCGCUACGUCCAAGACGAAAAGUUCCACAGCAGUCCCCUCGGCUUACACGACGAGCAUCGCCUAUGAACUCCGUGGUCGGCCUCAAACGGUGGAAGAAGUAAUGAAAACGAUGGCUACCAAACGGCGCACAUGA